ACACUCAAUACGUUCGUACAUCUAAAAUGGGCAAAUUAAUGCUAAAAAAUGAAAUGGUUAAAAUUGGUUUCUUCCCUUAAAAAUGUUAUGCCAUUUGCAGAAUGACACACCGAGCCUUCAUUGGCAGGAAUACUGUACAUACAUACGACAGGAAGUGUGUGGAAGAAGACCCACUCCCACCACGAACACCCUUCGCACCAGCUUUCAAAAUUGGUGUCCGCCUUAAACCACAUCCCAUCCUCCACUUGAACAAGUGAAAGGAUAAUGAAAAAAUUAAGUCAGUUACUUCCCUUUAAAUUGACACGCCAUUUGCAGAAAGACGCCAUCGUCUGACAGAAUGUGCGUGCUCAAUUUAAGCCUCUGUUUCCAAAUUACAAAAUGGUCUUUAAAGCUUAUAGAAGUACCAGAGGAUUUGAUAUUGUGGCGAUGAAUGGUACUUGGUUGAAAUGUGAGAAAGUUUUGGAGUUGGGACAAAGAAGUGUGUCACAUUAAGGUCCAUAUCGAAGAAGAACAAAAAUGAAAGUUAACAGAACAAGUUAAAAUUGUGACAAAGCUAAGAUCUAUAGAGACAAGGGACAUGUGACUGAGGAUGCAGUUGACGGUACCAUCAAGGUCAGCUUAAGGGUAGUUGAUUUAUGUUUUCAUUGUCCACAGCGACCACACUUUACUGACCAACUCCCUGUAUCAUGUUUUUCAUAGCUUGCUAUCCUUGAAAGAGACUCCUAACUCAGCCAGAUAUAUUUCAGAAAGUAAGUCACUUUAGGUCAGAGUUUAUACCAGUAGGUUUCUUAAUAAUCAGACUUGUGCAAGGAGUAUAUUUAUCAGCAUACAUGUCUUUUCUUCUUUGCUGAAGAAAAAUUUGAGCUGUUGCACUCGCCCAGGCAUCUGCAUGGUUAAAGUUUUUGAUAUAGUCAAAUAUCUCUGUUACUAUCAAAGCUUUUGACUUGAAACUUGAAACGUUUAUUUAUUAUUAAUGUCUACACCAGAUGAAACAAACCCCAUAACUUUGAUUGAAUUUUGAAAGAAUUAUGCCCCUUUUUAACUUAGAAUUUUUGGUUAAAGUUCUUGAUAAAGUCAAAAAUCUCUGUUACUAUCAAACCUUUUGACAUGAAACUUAAAAUGGUUAUUUACUUAUAUCUAGACCAGGGUUUUGACAGUUAUACCCCUUUUUACCUAAGAAUGUUUUUGUUGAAGUUUUAUAAAGUUUUUACUGGCAAAGCUCUAAUUCAGAGUCAAGCAUUGAGAAAAGUCGAACAUGCUCUCUUACGGACAGCUCUUGUUUAAAUUCUUUUUUCCUUAGUGCAUUAGGUUUUUACCAUCUUUUAAAUGUUCCUCAAGGUUUUUAGCUGAUGAAAAGUUUGUGUUAGUUUCCAGAUUUGCAUAGAAUGAAUUUAUAUUUACGUCAAAUUUUUCUUAAUACCAGGGUUGAAGAAAUAACAGAUCUCUUUCGUAAAUUUUUUAUACAUCUUACGUAUGCAGAUUUGAUAGGCCUUGAGUGUGUCUGACUGAUGUGGAAGCCUUAGAAAAAAUGCUGCUCACUAGAGAUCAACUUUGUCAAAUAUUCCACAGAAAUGCUGGGUGGAAAAAGCUCUAUUUUCAUAGGUUUAGAUAAAGGAAGAGCAGUUGAGGUUACCUGCCAGUGUGAGGGAUUGUGAAGCAAAGUUGUACUGUCUACUUACUUGCAGAAGUAGAAGAUUGGUGCUACAGAAGUUCAGCUAUUACAGACUGGUCAUCAGAUUUUGAAAUCACUCUGUGUUAUAAUGAAUUUAAACUUAGGCUGUAGACACGUGACCUUUCCAAAAUGCAUGGACAGCAUAUGGACUACUAUCUAGAUCCAGUUAUGGGGAAAGUUUUGAAUGAAAAUGAGGGGCACGUGCAUCAGGGGUACCAUGGUAAUCACAUGUACUUAGACAACAUGGUUCUCGGCUCCCCAACAGGGUCCAUGCUACCUAUGGAUUCAGACAUACAUCUUGGAGGCCCUGACAUGAGUUACGACAUGCAUAUGACAAUGGGGGAACGUGCAAUCACAUCAAGCACAGGGAACGACCCCAAGGUCAAGAAAAAAGGGGCUGGAGUGGUGGGGAAAAGUAUAGAGGAGGAACUAUGUAGGAUAUGUGGAGACAGGGCCUCCGGUUAUCAUUACAAUGCCCUCAGUUGUGAAGGUUGUAAAGGUUUCUUCAGACGCAGUAUAACCCGAGGAGCUUCGUACCACUGUAAAUACGGCGGUAACUGCGAAAUGGACAUGUGGAUGCGACGGAAAUGUCAGGCUUGCCGACUCCGACGGUGCCGAGAAGUCGGAAUGAAACAAGAAUGUUUGCUGUCGGAAGAGCAAUGUAAGGCUAGAGACGUGCGGAGGAAACAAAAAUCCACGAAAGUGAAAAAAAUAUCUGAGUCCACAAACAGUCCUGAAUCUUUGUCGGAAAAAUUUGACGAAGCAGUUGACUGUAAGGAAAAAGUGAAAACGAAAGCAAACAUUAGACCGGAGACUAUUAUAGAUACUGAACCAUUGUUAAGGGUUCAGGAAGAUACUAAAACAUUAGUGGAAAAAGUUGUUUUUCUUCAAGAUAAAUAUGAAUUCCCAGAUGAGGCUGUAAUAAAAUCAGUAGAUGAUAUUUCUGCCGACAUGGCCAACAUGGAAGCCAUUGCCGGCGACUCUCUUUUGUCUCAGCUUGCCAAAAUGACAGUCAUUAUCACUCAUUUAAUUGUAGAAUUUGCCAAAAAUCUACCUGGAUUUACACGUAUAUGUAAAGAUGACCAAAUUGUUCUGUUAAAGGCUGCUUGUAGUGAGGUUAUGGCUAUACGUGCUGCUCGUUGCUAUGACCUCCAAACUGCCACCAUAGUACUUGCCAAUGGUACCCCUUGCUCACUUGAUAACAUGAUAGCUGCUGGCGGAAGUACAGAGUACUGGAAGCAGGUUUUCAAUUUCUGUCAUGCGCUGGCUGAUGCACGCACAGACAACACAGAAUACGCACUCUUCACAGCGAUAUGUAUAUUUUCUGAGCGCCAUGACUUAAAAAAUAAAGAGCAAGUAGAACAAAUACAGAAAAUCUAUACUGAUGCUUUAUCGGAAUACCUCGAAAAGAAACGGUACCACAGUGGCACGUGCUUGGCCAAGCUACUUGUACGACUAAGUGAUUUACGUAGCAUAAGCAUCGAACAUUCAAAAAUGUUGACAAUGAUGCAUAUGGACGAAGGAUUAAUGCCCCACAUUGUUCAGGAUAUAUACAUACAGAAUUCAUGAAAAUUUGCUGUACAGGGUAGAUGUUAUAAUUGUUAAGUUUUGAUAAAAAAAAGUUUAAAUACUUUAAAAAAAGGAGACAAUAUUUUUUCGGAGAAGAGGCAUAGUGCUAAACUAUAUAUAUGGUAAAAGAUGUGUAUAUGCACAUGGUUUCUGUGUGAUGGAAUGUGGGAAUAAAUAAGUGUUCAAAAUGACCAAUAUGGAAAGUUCCAGACAUGUCCUUACUAAGUGAUUCGCCUGUGUAUGGUAUUUUUAAACUUGACAGGUGUGGAAAGGUCACAAACAGUUCUGUCUGACACUUUCAGCUGCUAAAAUAUUGAUUUUGGAAAUAAGGGAAAAAUCAACACACUCGCAGCACUUCUGUAUUGGAAACGAAACUGGACCAAAAAUCGAAGGAUAAAAAUACCUUCUGUCUUGCAUCCAUUAAUAUAAGGCCCUCCGUGAUAAAUUCUGUUUCGGAUUAGAACUACUUUAAUGAGGUUAGAACCACUUGAAUAUAUACAUUCUGUUUUGCAAUAGAACUACUUUGAUUGGGUUGAAACCACUAAAUGUUUACUAUUUUUAAUGAUAUUGAACUUUUAUUUCCUGGUUUGGGUUUGAAUUUUGCUGUACAUUCAGGUUUGUGUCAAUGUUCCACAAGGCCUUUGAUUUUAUGGCAGAAAC